AUGAAUUCUUUUGGAAAUUUCCAUUUUUUUCCAACGGAUAUUUUAAUUGCCUAUUUACGAACCACCAUAUAUAUACUUUCUUGUAUUAUGAUUUAUGCUAUUGAUUUACCAAUCUGUCCAAGACGUUUUGCUAAAUCUGAGUUAAAUGGUGUUGGUUUAAUGGAUGUUGGUACAGGUUUAUUUAUAUGUGCAUCUAGUAUAUCCGGUUCUAAAUUAGUUUGGUAUAUGAAUAUUUACAGAGGUAAUAGUAAAAGGUUUUUAGAUUGUACAUUGAAUUCUGUAGUACCAUGUUUACUUUUAGGAUUAUUACGAACAUUAUUAAUUCAAAUGUCAAAUUAUCAUCAGAAUAUUGUAGAAUAUGGUGUCCAUUGGAACUUUUUUUAUACUAUUGCAUUGAUACGUGCCAUAUCACUUGUUGUGACCACUGAAAAUCCUAUCAGUAGUUAUUUGAUAACAUUUUCACUGAAAAAACAAAUUCUGUUCUAUUACGUUGUAUCCUCUAUAUUCUUAAUAUUCUCUGAAUUUUUGCCAAUAAUAAUUUGUCCAGAGUAUUUUCAAACAAGAUGGCAGUUUAAUCCAAGAACACUACACUAUAUAAAUGAUAAUCGAUCAAAAUCUUUAUGGAUUGCUAAUUUUGAAGGUGUCACCUCCUUAUUUGGUUAUGCAUCAAUUUACUUCUUCAAUUUGAGUUCAUCACUUAUAUUUCGAUCUUAUUUGUCAACAGACACCAAUAAUGACAGUAAUAAUGGAAUUACAUUUAAUCUGUGCUUUCAUGAUCCUAUGCUCAAUAAUUUGUUUCCACUCACUAGAUGGUAG